GACACGAUGUUAAACAGGCGGAAGGAAGAGCUGGCAUAUAUGCAAGAGAAUACAUAAAGUAGGGCUUCAUUUGUAUAGUCGUAAGAUAUUUGGAGCCAGAUAAAAGCUUUCAUGGACUUGGUUCAAUCGUAAAGAGUGGAGUGCGUUAAUAAUACCAGGGUUAAUGGUCAUGCGAACUAAGGAAUAUUUAUCCGAGAUACCAGAGAGACCUUUUGAGUGAGAAAAAUCAUGAAACUUAUUUAAUCAAGGGCAGCCGGCAAAUCGGCAAAACAAGUGCGUUUGUAAUGGAAAGAAGAUCCUCCAAUCCCGGUAAUCGCGACAAUGAUACUUUCAACGAAAAUAAGCAAAUAAGACAAGCAUAUAGUACGGAUUCUGUGUUCAAAACUACCGGAUUUAUUGAAGAAAACGCAGAGAAACAAGUCUUCGCUGCUCCCGAUGUGAAUACCGAUGAUGACAAAAGGAGCAAGUACGACGCUUGGUACACCGUCAAUAUAUUCCUCUUCUUCCUGGCUAGUUUCCAGCUUUUGAACCUUUUGACUCUAACUUACACCGAUAGCGUUUUGAACUUCAUAUCUAAACGAUUUCACAUCCCAAACACUAUGGCAUCAUUUAUACCUAGCAGUUAUCAAGUUGGAAGCACAGUUGCAAUUAUACCAGUUUCGUACUUUGGAGCAAAGUGGCAUCGUCCUCGCGCUAUAUGUGUCGGAGUUAUGUUUAUGUUGCUAGGAUUGGGUUUUUGCAUUCUACCUCAUUUUAUAAUGGCAUCCGAUAAGGGUGCCAUGGCAAGUGGUAAAGAUGGGAGGUGUCAUAGAACUAUACCUUCAGCGUUUGUUAUGAGAAAAUAUGCAAGGGAAUUUAAGGCACACAACAUAACACUACCCACAACAAAUUGGACUAUCAUUGAAUCCGAGCUUUUUGGAAAUAAAACAAAAUCAGACGAUGAUGAUACUGAAAAGUCAAAAUCAACUUGGUUUACAAGGAUAUUGCACAAUUUAGCAUCAUAUUAUCACUCAUCGAAUAGGCUAAUAAAACCAAGUCUUACUACACCUCAAGAAUUACCAUGUAACGCUAAUGCCACCAUGUAUAAUCCAUCUGUUCUUUUAAUAUUAGGUCAUGUCUUUAUCGGAGCAGGUUCUACGCCGUUGUGGCCUCUCGGAGUCGCCUACUUAGAUGAACAUCUCGUCAGCAGAAAGUUGCCAAUAUAUUUAGGUAUUUUUAUUGGCAUUACGUUAACUGGACCAGUAGCUGGAUUUCUGCUUGGAAGUUUGAGUUCUGCUAUUUAUGUAUCAAUAGACGCACACGACCUCAAGCCAUCUGAUCCAGCAUGGAUUGGUGCAUGGUGGCUCGGAUAUGUCAUCGCUGCUACAUUGAUGGUGAUACUGCUUGUACCGUUUUAUUUUUUCCCCGAAAAAUUGAAACUGUCCCACGAAAAAAUAAAAGAAAAUGAAGAAUAUCAAAUUCUAAUUGCAGAGGAAAUAAGUGCCGCGGAGGCGGAAGCAGAUGGCGGUACUGUUACAGCAGUUUUCCAGGAUGCUCGAGAUUUUCAUUCGGAAGAAAGUAUUCCUUUGUUAUGCGAAGAAAAAAAUAACGGGAAAAAAAUUUAUAGAGCCGUGAGAGAUUUAAUUUGUUCUAUCCGGCGACUUCUAUCAAUACCACUGGUGAUGUGUGCAUUUCUUGCUUACGUUAUAUUAGCCAAUCUCUUGGCUGGUGUCAGUACAUUUGGGUCAACUUUCAUUCAAAGAGAGUUUAACGUUUUGAGAAUAACAUCAGAUAUGUUGAUAGGUGGGGUUUGCGUUCCACUCGCAAUAGCUGGCACUUUUGGAGGCGGAUACCUGAUGAAAAGAUUUGAUUUUUCAACCAGCCAAAGCCUUCUAUUUAACGUCGCAAUGUCCAGCAUUGGUACUGUGAUUCUCUCCACAUUAUUUGCGCUCGGAUGUGACACACCAAUUACAGCGGGAAUCAACCGCCCAUAUAUAAAUGAAAAAGUUAUCAACAUAACUUCAGAAUGUAAUAAAGAUUGUGAUUGCCCACAUGGUGAAAUUAAUCUUUUAUGUAGCAAGUCCAACAUCACAUAUAUAUCACCGUGUUAUGCGGGAUGUACUUCACAUACCCCAGCAACAAAAGACGGAAAUACAAAAGAGAUUUAUGAUGAUUGCUCUUGCGUGAAUGAAUUAGCGCAACCGUUGACGAUGGGACCUUGUACCACCAAUGACUGUGGUCGACUCCUAGCAGGUGCGAUGAUUUGUGCAUCUUUGGGAAUUAUGAUUCUUUGCUUCUGCCAAGCACCGACAUAUACGAUUUUACUUCGCUCACUACGAGUCGAAGACAAACCUCUGGCCAUCGGACUGUUGACAUUUCUCUCUCGAAUUUUAGGAUUCAUACCUGCUCCAAUAUGGUUUGCUUUGGUGAUAGAUAACAGCUGCAUUUAUUGGGGGCCCGAGUGCAUGGGGAAGUCUGUCUGCAAAUUAUACAACAAUCAUGGCCUUCGUCUCAAUUUUGUUGGUGGUUGUGUUUCCUGUGCUACUGGAUACGCAAUUACAUUUGCUGCAGUGGCGUCCUGGUUCAUAUAUGCGGAAAGUCGCGAUAGCAACGAGGAUACUCCACUAAUAAAAGUGGUUGAAGAUAGGGCUAGGCCACGUGAUUCAAGAUGGGAAAGAGUCUCCAGAAUGCGAUCAUUCACGCGAUGAUAAUGGGUGUCUGUGAACGCGAGUAAUCUUGUGCUAGAUCCCUAACACCAAGUGCUAUUUGUCUCAGACAUUAUCAUCAGUGCACCAGAGUUCAAAGUCACUAUCUGUUGUCAUUAUCCGUCGCUGACGUCUACCUACAUGACAUACAAACUUGAGCAAUGAGUAGCAGAUGUGAAUUGAAACUGGAAUUGCACUGCAUUAUCGGCAUCUUAGGCAAAGCACAGACAACAAUAUACAACAAUUGCCAACGAGCCACGCAUCCAUAUUUGUUUGGAGAGUAGAGAGUAUGCUGCAACUAGUUUUUAUUGUGCAAUAGUACAAACUUUUAUUUUUCUUGUCCUCGUUUGCCAAAAAUAAAAGGUAUAACAUUAGAAUAUUUUAUUUCAUAGCUAUCCACCAUAAGAAUGUUCUGCAGUAUGCAGUGUGUUGAGUGUUUUUGCGUUGCAAAUUGCCACAUCUGAUUUCGUUUCUAUUAAUAUUAAAAACCAGUGAACCCUAGCCCCACCCCUAACAUUUAAAAUACCCUCACCCAAUUUUAGGGCGCCACACACCCU